AGAAGAAGAAGAAGAAGAGGCCAGCUUUGUGAACGACUGAUGGAGACAUUUUAAAAUAAACACACAGCUGUUAAGAGCUAACAGGACUUUGUGCAGGUACGAACGGACUCGAUAAAGUUUAUUUAACAGGACGUUAUAUGCCCGUCGGAAAUCAGUCGGACAGGUUACGGAAGAUGUGGAAAAAGUCAGUCAUUGUGAGAAGAAACUGACGCCGCGGUGAGUUCCUGUCCAGGCACAUAGGUCCAUGGUUGUUUGGACCUUUGAGCUCUGGGCUUGAGUAGCAUUGAGAUGGCUGAUUCAGAGAAAGGAGAGAAAUUUGUAGAUGCUGAGUGUCCCACAGAGUGCCUUGAUGAAGUGCAGUCAGCCACAGCUUGCAUUCAGGGUGAACAGGAGGAGCAUCUCAAAAUCGAAACCACCACUAUUACUAGCUCACCACCGAGAGAAAAGGACGCAAAUAGUCCUUUGAAUACAGACGGUGAACUUGGUCUUCUUUCUAUGCCAUGUCUGAUGAAAGAGCUGCGACGUGACUCCUCUGAAUCCCAGCGUGCUUCUACAGGGAGUGAUAAGCCAGUGUCUCAUCAGAUUGAUGAGAGUGACUCCUCAAAUCCCUGUAUGCUCUCCCCGUCAUCCAGCGGCCACCUCGCUGACUCGGACACACUUUCCUCAGGGGAAGAAGAGGCUGUUCCCGCUUUGGAUGAAACGGAAGAUGGCAGUAUGGGGCCUUCUGCUGAUCCCGGGCAGGCAACAGGGGAACAAAAAUCUGAAAUGACAGUGGGGACGCGGAAGUCUCGGCGGUCCCGUUCAGAGAGCGAGAUGCCUCCUAAUGCGAUGGCUGCCAAGAAAAACCGUUGUCAACCUUCAGUGGUGGCACUUGGAAGACAAGAAAAGCAAACUAAUGGUAAACUGGUAAAAGGAAAAGGUCAGCGGAGCCAGAAACACAGAGAGCGUAUGCGUUUAUUAAGGCAAAAACGAGAGGCAGCUGCACGGAAGAAGUACAAUCUGCUGCAGGACAGCAGUACAAGUGAUAGCGAGCUCACGUGCGACUCUAGCACUAGUUCCUCUGAAGACGAGGAUGAUGAUACAUCAGGAGGUUGCAAGGCAAUCAAGACGGAUCUUCCAGCUGGCUUCAGACGGGCAUCGGAGAGAUCCAGAGUGGGCGCCCAGAUUCAUGGGUUGCUGGACAGCGGCUCGUGGGACAGGAACAGCAUCGGCAGUGUUCUGGAGGAGGCCAUGACACGUUUUGCUGUGAUGCAGCGCCAGACUGAAGAGCGCUUCCGCGUCUGGAUGGAAAAGCUCGCACACCUUGACUCUGACAACGACUCUUCCAAACGCUCAAGUGAUGCCCCAGAGGGGCAGCAUCCGUCCCAAGGGACACGCCCUUCCCCUCCCAGUUCAUUUUUACCAUCGUCAGAGUCUGCAGAGACUAUGGCUGCCUACAUGCUGGCAAGAGACAACAACAGUCUCACUCCCACCCCAAUAAACAACAACAUCCUACCUGAGGUUGUCAACCAGAAUGGAAAUCUCAGCGUUCCAGACCCCAGUCUCUUGAAUGUUUAGAUUUUUUUUUCUUGGUGAAGUUACACACUUUAAUCUUACACUAUAGAACUAGUUGAGACACAAAGCAUGAAUAUGGAUAUUUGUAGGUUAGUGGUGCAAGCUCAGUUUUAUCAACCUGAUACAUUAUCAAGUACUACUGGGCCUGAGCUGGUCAUUGAAAUUACUUCCGGACUCUGCAGACUUGAGGCCCAGUGCACCUUCUGGCACGGAAACACUGUGAGAUUUGACAUUCUGAAUAAUUUAACUCACCUUCUGUGUGACAUAAAUAUGGGACAUAUUUCUUUGAACCAGUUUAAGUCAGGGCUCUUGUUCUUUUGCUUGUUGUGUGGAUCUUUUUUUUUUUUUUUUCCUUUUUUUAAUUUAUAGAUUGACAUACAAAGUAAGAUGUUUGUAUCAUUCAGACAAAAUGAGCAUUGGGGCACAUGGGUAAGCAUUGUUACAAUGUGAGGUGUGCUGCUCUGUAAUAGCAUGUGCCUUGUCAUUUUGAAUUCACAAGAAUGAUACAUACAUCACUGUUUCUUUAGGAUUAAGGUUCAACACUGUACACUACCCACUGUCCCCUGAACUAUGUUUGUACUUAGUUUAUAAAUAGAGUUUCAUGACAACCUAUAAUUUGGUGGUAUAGCUUUACUAACAUCUAAACAUUUAACUAGUUUUGCCUGCAAAUGUACAUGUAUAAAUAUAAAUGCAAUAUAAUAAUCCACAGAAUCAUUAAUUACCUACUUAAUUUAGAUGGUUACCUUUGUGUGUGUGCAUUUGCUUAUCUGUUGCGUUCGCUGCUAUUGCUGCCUUUUGUGCAGUAACAAAUUAAACUAGUGAUGGGGAAAUAACUCCCAAUGGGUUUUUGGGUAUAUGUGCAUGUCUGUGUUUCAAGUAGCCUGUCUGCAGUUUAUGGCACCAGUUAAGUUUUUUGAUGCAAUGUCAAGAGCCUCAAAUCUCCCUUCUAAUUUGUUCGUCAUUGAUUGCAGUGAUCUGUUUCUUGGCCUGCGUUCCCCAGGUUGACUUUAACCUGAAACCACAGCCAUUGUAGUAAUAUUUAGGGGUGGGUGGUACACAGAUGUCAUCAUCACUGUUGUGAUAUUGCACUGCAAUUUGGAUUGAGCAAUAUCAU